UGACAAAUAAAAUUGUAAAAAACCAUGGAAUUGUAAUAUAUUUUAUAAUUUGUACGCGAACACGCGAAUACAAUCGCUCUGAAAAUGGUAGACACGGUGGAAGAUAUGGAUAGCUUAGAUGACAAACUAUUUGGUAACGCAUCGAAGAGAAAUCCAUUCAUGGAAGACAGCAGAAAGAGAAUUACAUUUGCAGAUGAAGAUGAUCCACUAGCUGAUUUGCUUACUGAUAAAGAAGAUUUCCUAUCAGGUCAGAAGAAUCCAGCAAUGAGAGAAAAGAGAAAUAUAAUAGAUAAUUUGUUUGACAAAAAAGUUUUCAGUGAUUCACUUUCGAAGCCAGAAGAUAAUAGUUCUGUGUCUGCAGGAAUUGACAGAUCAAAAGCAACAGAUGACAAAGCGAAAAAAUUGUCACUGAUGCAAGAUUUGUUUAGUGAUACAUUGCAUGUGUCAUCGUCAAAGGAAUCAAAUAUCAGUAAAAAGUCUCUGCAGUCAGAGUACGAAGUUACACAAGCAACUGAAGUUCCUAGAGCACAAUCGCAACAUUCGCUAUACGCACCGACAGCUUUCAGGACAAAAGAGCCUCGUAGAGGCAAGAGAACUUCGGAGAUAAUUAACGAUCCUCUGGGAUUAUUUGCUUCAAGCACGAUAUCAAAUCAAACCGAGCAAACUACAGUGGAAAGACGCUCGGUGUCUGCAGAUUCUUCGAACAGACAAAAAGAGACUAAGGAAUAUUUGCCAGAUUGGUUGGAAUCUAAACCGAUAUCAGAAAACACAGAUUUUAUUCAAGAUAAAGUAACACCUACUGAUGAAUUUGAUAGACGUAGGAGAUCAAGCUCUGAUAAGAUGCACGAAGUAGUGAACGCACAACAAGAAGACGAAACAAAACUAGUUGGAUCACUGCCAUACGAGAAGGAAAAACCAAUAAAAUCAUCAAAUAGUCAAACAGUUGAAAUUGAUAAAGUCAAGAAAAGAAAAAGCGAAGAAGAUUAUCCUAAACCUAACACAGCAGCUUCAGUUAAUCCUGACGUAAGUAAAGCUUCAGAAGAUGCAAGCAGUUUAAUCCACAAAACUACUAUUGGUUACGAAAGCGCAAUUCAGAAACUAGAAUUAGAAAAGUCUCAUCUAAACGUAACAAUAAACAGUCUGAAUGAGAAAUAUGAAAAUGAGAUAACGAUCUUGGACGAAUCAUACAAACGACAAAUAGGAUUUCUGCAAGAAAGAACGGACACACUGGAAAAAAGAUUGCAGCAGGAACUGGAAUAUCUAGAGACAGAUUACGAAGCGAAGAUCGAAAAGUUGAAAAACGAAAAAAUGCAAACUGAAACAUUUUACAAAGAAGAAAUACAGAAUUUGAAAAAGGAGCAUGCGCAAAUCAUAGAAGAGAUUUACGAGCGCCAUUCUCAAAAUAUAAAACUGCUGCAAAAAGAGCACUUUGAUACAAUCGAGAAUAUAUUAAAAAUGCGAGAGGUAGAGAAUCUAGCUAUGACAACUAUAGCGACUCAUAAGACUGACUUGCAAAAUCUAUUACAAAAGGCUGACUCUAUUAUAGAGAGUAUAAAAACGACGCAAGAAAAGACUGACCAAAGAGACGACCAAAGUAUAAAAUUAAGAGAACAUUAUUUAAAGAGUCAAGAGGAAGACAUGCAAAUACGAAACGUAGAUAUAAAGAAGCGACAGGAGUUACUGGAGCAAGAACGUGAUAGGAUGAUAAAAGUAGCAGACAAAUUGGAUUCGCACGUAGCGCAAUUGGUACUCGAAUUGGAGAAGAAGAGCACGUUGCUCAAUGAAACACUGGAAACGCUAAAAAAGAAAGAAGAAGUUUUGUUACACGAAAGAGAGAUGUUCGAAGAGAAAGUACAGUGGGAGCGCAAUCAAUUACAGGCUCUGAAAGAAUCUUGGUUCAACGAACAAGAAAAGCAGUUGAAAACUUUGAUAAAAGAGAAAGAAAUAAUUGCGGCUAAACGGAAACAAUAUGAAGUUCUUAGAACAAUAAAGAGUAAUUCGGAUAAUAUCACCAACAUAGAGAUGGCUGCUGCCAUAAAAACAGCUCAAGAUGCUACUAUACUCGCUAAUCAGGAACGAUUGAAAUGGCAAGAAAAAGUCAAAUAUCUUGAAAAGCAACAGCAAGUUUUGCAGGAAAAGGAACAUCGCCUCUUGACGCACGCCCAAGACCUUGAAAGUUUUACACAGUUAGCAUUCGCAAGAAACGAGGAAGCAGUUAAAACACUAAAAGAAUUUCGUCACAUCGAAGACGAUCAUAAAGCUAAACUCGACCCACACUUUAAUGUAUUUGACAAGUUCAAUUCAGCGAGCGAGAAGUUGGCUUUAACAGCUCAACUGGAGAAGCUGAAAAAAAGCGCAAACAUCCCAUACAAUUACGCAGACACCCAAGCAUUAUCUAAUCAGCAACGGACAUUCAAAGUUACUACUCACUUUACAGAAGUUGUGGAUCCUCAAUUAGUAAUGUUAAAACUGAAUCUGGAUGAUCAGUUGGAUAAUGUUCAAUACAUGUAACUGCCAAGAAAAACUUUUAUAGAAAAUGUAAUAGGACAUUACACAUACUUCUUACACAAGGAUACUCGAAAACUGUUUUGUAUUUUAAAUAACGGACAAUAAACAUUUGCAAUAAACCUGUUA